GCGCGUACGCGUCUCGAGCUAUCGAUUGCGCUCGCAGUCGCGCGUCCGCCGCCGUACCUCGCGGUGUGUAUUUUGCGGCGCGUCGUGGCGCGCCAGUGUGCGCUGGUGCGCGUGUGUGUACGUUGUUUCCUUCUCUUUCUCGCCUUCGCGGGAGGAGAUCCGUGUGGCCCUUUCGAACGUGGCGGUUUCGUGCUCCAACUUGGAGAAGGUCAUCGAGCUCUCGCAGGUGGCACGGAGAGUAAAACAAAAAUAAAAGUAGCGGAGUAAGAAGAAGACGAGCCGUCAUCGUCGUCGCCGACGCGCGACGACGAGGACGAAGAGGACGACGGCGACGGCGGUGAGGACUACGCGGGGACCAUCGCGACGACCGUGGGAAAACUCGAAGAUGUUCCCACGCUGCCGCUGCGCUGUGAGUGUGUGCCGCGCGUGCGUGUGAAAUUCCACUGGGAGGACGGGAGAGUGGGCGGGAGUGCGGGAGAGUGAGGGGGUGUGAGAGAGGGAGGACAAACGGGAAAGCGGGAGGAAGAGAGAGAAAGAUGAGCGCCCAGGGGCAGGAGCACGGACACGCGGUGGUUGUGUGGGAGUGGGAGAACCGUCACGGACGGUGGAGGCCCUACAGCCCGGCCGUGUCACAGCAUCUUGAACGGGCCCAUUGCAAGAAGCUCACCCGGGUGUUCCUGAACGACGCGGAUCCUACGCUUGACAGGUACUACAUCAACUUAAAGACCAAGACGCAAUGCAGCGAAGACGGCGACGAGACGUACAACGUGAGGAGGAAAUUCUACCUGCCGGGCUCGCCGGCUGGCAAAGGCGCCAAGUGGGAAUGGGCGGGUGAUUCGGAUGACUGGCACACUUACGACAUGGAGGUGCAAUGCCUCAUAGAGGAGGCGUGGGCGAGAGGCGACAAGACCAUCGACGUAUCCAAGACGUACCUGGGCUUCCCGUACAUCAUCAACUUCUGCAACUUGACGCAGGUGAGAUGCUGCACAGGCUACGUGAGGCCGAUACGACGCAUCCAGCAGGCGCCGUAUCCGCUGGUGAAGGUCGCGCUGGAGGAGCUUCAGAUCACUUCCGGUAGAAGGUCCGCGACGGUCACGGUCAAGAGUUCCACCGUCAAAGUCGCGCAUAAGAAAUCGUCGAAUGGUAGCGCGAAGAAGAGCAACAAGAAAGGGAAAAGCGGGGACGCGAACACGAACGGGCCGACGAACAUCGCGCGCGUCAUUCUCAGCAACUUCAACAUAUUCAGCAGCAAGCACGGCAUCGAGAACAACCCCGUGGCGACGAACGUCGAGUCCGGCCAGAAGAGGAAGACCUGGGACGUGGUGCUCGACGCGGACUCCAGCAGCACCAAGAGCGGCCGCAGACCUAGCGUAGACACCGUGUCCACCUAUCUGAGCCACGAGAACCCGGUGGACCUGCUGGAUAGCAGCGUGGGCAGCGACGACGCCUUCAAGGACUCCAUUCUCGGAGUGGACGCUGCGUCGGACGUGAUAUCCCAAUACGUGAAGGUGGUCGAGAGCGACGGGUCGGACUCGUGUCCGGUCUGCCUGGGUACUCCGGAGCCAUUGACGGUCGAACUGACGCGAUGCAGGCACAGAUUGCACCUGGCGUGCCUGAACGCGAUGCUCAGCUGCCAGCAGCCGCCCAUGUACAUACAGUGCCCGGUUUGCCGUAUGAUCUACGGUGAGAAACGGGGCAACCAACCGCCCGGGACAAUGAACUGGACGCGGAUACCACGUGCGCUGCCGGGUUUCCCGAACACCAACACUAUACAAAUCACCUACGACAUCCCGUCCGGGAUUCAAGGUAGCGAGCACCCGAAUCCCGGCCAGACGUACUACGCUGUGGGCUUCCCACGAGUUUGUUACCUGCCAGACAACAAUCUCGGCCGCCGUGUGCUGAGACUGCUGCAGAUCGCGUUCGAGCGCCGGCUCAUCUUCACGAUCGGCCGAUCGGUCACCACCGGCCGCGAGGACGUCGUCACGUGGAACGAGAUCCACCACAAGACCGAGCUUGGUCCGUCCACGUCCGGCCACGGAUAUCCCGAUCAGAGUUACCUCGAAAGGACGCUCGCGGAAUUGGCGGCGCAGGGUGUGACCGACGGGCACUCGCCGCCGACGUAUCAACAGUUGCAUUGACAAGCGAACGGUGUGUUCGCACAAAAACUGAGAAUCCACCGUUUCUGGCGUAGGUAAUGAUCUCGAGAGAAUUUGGCUUGUAAAAUAGAUCAGAUCUCAAAAACAGAUAGAGGAUUCGACACUGAGUUUGAAUUAAAUGCGAAUAAGCAAAUAAAUAUAAAAAUGCAUCGAUAAGUAAAAUAGAAAAAAUAAUUAAAAAUAUGUGACAGGAAUGAAGAAUUGGCUAAAGUAACUGCAACUGGAAAAACUGUCGGAUUGUUUUGUGAGUCAUUGAAUCAGUGUUUUUUUUUUUAACUUUGUCGCCUGUGCCUACGAGAUAACGGACUUUGUCGUAGCUGAGAUUCAUCACACCAGCGCUUGGAAAAAAUCCUAAUUGUACCUGAGACCCUGACAGUGCCAGUCAAGCUCUCAGCGUCGGCUAUCAGAGUAGCCUUGCAACUACAAGCGGACUUAACGUUAAGGUUCUUGUCAAUAUAAACUUAUAUCGUAGAUGAAAACUAGCGAAUUACACAAAUUAGAGAAGUAGAUUUCGAAAUUUUUACUCCAUGUUUAUUCCAUGCUAACGCGUAAGCAAGGAACUGAUAAAUGAUAUUUUGACUAAGGUAGAGAAACAAUUUUAGAUAUUUAUAUAUAUAUAUUUUUUCUAUGCUAGCAUAAGAGUAUCUUAUGGCAAUUUUAUAAAAAUGGGAGAAAUUUUCGGGCGAAAUUAUAAGCAAAAGUAUAAAAUUUUUAUUUUAGAGAUAUAUUUUAUGUAGAGAUCUUAAUUUUAUGUAGUUUUAUAUAUAUAUAUAUAUAUAUAUAUAUAUAUAUAAAUAUAUGUAUACUAUGUAUCUUCCAAGAAACUUGCCAAGAAAGAAACACAUGAUUUAUCGCGGAAUUAUAAUUUUAUGUUAUAUGUAGUUUAAACGAUGACGCAGGAAAAGGUGAUUACUAUGCAAUAGUAAAACGAUAGUAUUGUAUUUACUUAGGUUGUAAUAAUUUGAAAUACGAUUUAAUCAUCGAGUAAAAUAAUUUAUUGUUAUAAUUCCAAAUUCUAUAAUGUCUCGGAAAAAUCGAGUGCCGUCAUUAUGUCAUUGCACAUUCCAAAUUAUAUGUAUAAUUUUUAGACGAAAUAACAAAAAAGAAAAAAACUGCAUUGUA